AUGUCAGAAGGUGGAUCGCAGCGGUCCUUGUUCGGGCGACAGACACUUGUCACGGUGAAGAAGACAAGCUAUAUAAGCCCUCCCCAUCCUCCCCAUCCAUCAUUCGAACACCCGUUCACAGCCCCGACCAGCCACACCUCGCCUACCCACCUCGCAUCCACCAUCCCUCCCAUCACGAUGUUCGCCCUCCGCACGCUCGCCGUCCUCGCCCUCGCUGCCGCCGCCCUCGCGCGCCCGCAGUCCAGCUCCCAGUGCGACAGCGGCUCCAUCGCGUGCUGCGACAGCACCUACGACCCAGAGUCGUACGAGGCGCAGUUCAUCAUGAAGGCGCUCAAUAUCGACCAGACGAACCUCCCCGCGGGUAAGGUCGCUACCUCGUGUGGCGGUGGCAUCAGUAACGUCGGCGGCGGAAGCACCUGCGCGAACAUCCCUGUUUGCUGCGAGAAUAACACCUUUAACGGCCUCGUUAAUUUCGGGUGCACGUCCAUCCCCAUCAUCCUCUGA